AUGGCGAAUCAGAGUUCCGACAUAGAUCAAGAGAAUGUAACAAAUCGAAUACCGAUUGUUACAGAUCAGAUUUUUCCUUCCGCAACACAUGUUCCGAUCGUUGAUGAUCCUUCAAAUCCAGGUAGCACUUACUAUGUGCAUCCUAAUGAGAAUCCUUCUUUAGUUUUGGUAUCUUCACUCAUGGAUGGAAAGAACUACCACAAUUGGGCCAGAUCUAUGAAAAUGGCUUUAAUAUCGAAGAAUAAACUCUCUUUUGUCAAUGGAACUAUCUCUGUUCCAGAUCCUUCUGAUCCUUAUUUCGCUGCAUGGGAACGGUGUAACACCAUGGUGCUGUCAUGGUUACAUCACUCCAUAACUCAAUCUAUUUCACAGUCGAUCUUAUGGAUGGAUCGAGCCUCAGAUGUAUGGAACGACCUCCGAGAGAGGUUCUCUCAGUCAGAUAUCUUCAAAAUCUCAGAUCUACAGGAUGAGAUUUAUAGGAUGCAUCAAGGAGACAGUAGCAUCUCUGAUUACUACACACGACUCAAGAUCCUAUGGGAUGAGCUUGAAGCGUUACAGCCAACACCAACAUGCAAAUGCAUUAAACCUUGUUGUUCAAUUGCUUUGAAGGUUAGGAGUAUUCGUGAAAGAGAUUACUCUAUUCGCUUCCUUAAAGGAUUAAAUGAACGAUUCAGUCAUGUAAGGUCUCAGGUUAUGUUGAUGGAUCCUUUGCCAUCAAUUAAUCGAGUUUUCUCGAUGGUCAUACAACAAGAGAGACAGUUGCAACUUGAAGGUAACUCUCUUAAUUUUGAAGGUCCAAAAACUUUCUACAAUUCUGCUGAUCAAGGUAGAGGACGAUCACAACCUUAUCAAGCACGUGGCAGAGGACGUGGAUCCUAUGUUGGUCGAGGGAGAACAGGUUCAAAUAGACUGUGUACUUAUUGUGGAAGGACAAGUCAUACGGCGGAGACAUGCUUUGAGAAGCAUGGCUAUUCACCAGGUUUCAAACAGAGAAAUACUGAUUACAGGCCAAGUUUUGAUUAUAGGCCAAAUGUAGCACACAAGGCCAAUGUGGUUGAUGUAAACUAG